UUAACAACAAAUCAAAAUUCAGUCAUUCAAAAGGCAAAAUUGACGCGUGGUUAACAAAAUCCAUUAAUUCUACAUGUAAAUACAAUAAAACCAGGCGCAUAUCACCAAUAUCAUUAAAAUUAUGUUGUGAAUCAAGAUAUUAUCGAAAAAAUGGAUUAUUUAGCUGAAGGUAUAGCUUUGGGGGUAGACUCCCUGAUAUUAGCAGCAUGUAUAAAGCAAUACUACAAGCACAAAAAUGCAAUGUCGAUGAUACAGGGUGCUCCUUUCUUGGAGAUCAACAAGGACCUCAAAGAAAUUGUUCGCACUCACCCAGAAUCAAAGUUGUCCUAUGUUUCUAUAAGGGGUACAGUGAAGCCCCUGGGGAAUCCCAUAGUUAGCAAUAACAAUCCCAAUGUUACCGGUGUGGUGCAGCUGCUGAGAAUCAAGGAGCAUGUUAUACAAAGGAGCACGACAGGGUUUUGGGCUGACUCGGAAAGGACAAUACAAGAGGUUCACAAUUUUAUGCCUUUUGCCCUUCAAAGUGGCGGAAUGCAAGUGGAAAUCAUCGACCCCUUGGCUGCGGAUGUUUUGGACAUGGACGUAAUAUCGGACGAGUUUAAACCCACGGUGCCUAGCGUAAUGGACCACAUUUGGGGAUUUUUUGCGGGGGUGAGACAACGGGGCGUACAAUCGACAGAAAAAAUGCUGCGAAAGGGGGCAAUGAUAACGGGUAUCGGGGAAAUAGUGCACACUAGCGACGGAAACCUCCGAUUACAGCCCCCCUCAAACGGGGCCCCCUUCUACUUGACCAACAUGCAAGUGACGUCGCUGGUGAAAAAGAUCGACGGCUCUAAAAGGAACUACAGGUUGUUGUGUAUAUUUUUCGGCGGGUUGGGUGUGGUGAUUGUGGGGCUGUUGGUAAGAAAGUAUUGGAAGUAUAAGUUAAAAUUAAUUGAGGACGCAAAACGAAAGGAGAAAAUUGAGGAGUCAAGGAGACUGAGGAGGAGGCAAAUGAGGGACAACAAUUUACCGGAAAGUCAGUUGUGUGUUGUUUGCAAAAGUAAUCCCAUUGAGAUAAUUCUUUUGCCCUGUGGACAUGUGUGUUUGUGUGAGGACUGCCAGGCAGACAUAAACGACAACUGUCCAGUAUGUAGAGCACCAAUCGAUAAAAAAUCGGUAGCAUUUAUAACGUGAUAAAUAAUUUAACCCGCAUAAAUUAAUUUAAAACGAAAACAAGUGGUGUUAAUUGUG